CAAGUUGUCACAACUCAGGAAUGCUAAUUAUUUACUCUUGCUUUGUCUUUAACUUACUCGACCUUUGUAAAAACUGCACUUAUGGCGGCCAACACGAUUUAUUCGCUGAGACACACGCAUUUGUUCACACUCUCACACACACCCACACAAGAGGACAAUUGUCGUUCCGGUCGCUCCCAUCCUAGGAUACGAACUUUGUCAGCCACCAGCCACUCCUGUCACAUGAAGUCCGUCCUGCGUCAUCGCUUCAAGGAAACAGCGACAAGGAUGUACAUUGAGUGUUGGUGAUGUUUGUAAACCAUCCUCACUCGCCAUGGACUGCACGAUGUUUGCAAGACUUCUAAUCGCUUUUUUGUGCGUUCAUGUCGGCUCAACAUGUGUCGACCAGACUUGCACCGAUACCACUUUAGAGAAGAUAUUAUUGCUAAACGACACAAAUGACUUUUGUCGCAUUUUCAGUGAUUUCAUCGAAUGUGCCAAAGCCUCGUGCAACAUAACUGAAUUUCCGCAAGAAUUCUACGAGCAGAUGAAUACAAUCCUCGGAAAUAAUGGACUACAUUGCGACUUUAUUGGACAAGUUUCAAGUACUCGUAACCCUUCUCUUCAUAUUUCAACUCGAAUGGCAGAAAACAAUUGCUGGCAAACGGGAGGAUGUCAAGCCGCCUUUGAGAGGGCCUUACCCGACAUGACGAGCUUACAAGAACUCUGCAGGUACCUCGCGAGAUUCACCACACAAGCAUGUAGUUAGUACGAAGGAUUAGUUUUCCAGCAACCAUAGUCAGACCUGAAUUAGUCUGAAUAACAACUGCAGUGACCGUCUCAUUUUAUUCCUCCACCUCCCUUCUGGUCUUUGGAAUCACUCUAGUCGUCGCCUCCUUAGCUGAUGUUGUUACCAUCAUGAUAAUAGUAUUGUUUAUUGCCUUUAACAUCCGUAGAUGUAGACAUUAAUCUUCAGUG